AUGGCAACCAGAUCAAAGAGUUUUCAGUUGAUCACCGGCUUAAAGAAGCACCUCGUUGACAGCGUCUUCCCACGCGCCACCGCGUCUGCUCCCUUCACUUCAAGGAGUUACUCCUCGGCGUAUGACAAGAACGUGGAGGAUGAAUUGCAGGCAAGUGCAGUUCCGGAUGAUGUCAUAAAGCCAGAGUCUGAGAAAUAUUGGUCUCCUCAUCCUCAAACCGGAGUCUUUGGCCCCUCCACGACUGAGCACAGUCCAGCAGGGGAGGCUGCUCGCCAAGACUCGGCUGUGCUAGAGGAGACUGCUUGGUUUCGUCCCACAAGUCUAGAGGACUCGGACAAGUCUCACCAUGUUUAA